GUCGCGUGCUCGAUCGCGUUGACCAUUUGUUUACCUAUCCACUAUCUCAUUCCCUCGAUACCAAUUAUACCUACCUUAAAUAUGGAUGAUGUGAUGGAGAAAGUGGCGUCGAAGACGAGCAAGAGACGUCAAUCGACAGCCACGGGUCAUGACUCGAAGCCCCAAGCUGGAGAUACCGAGCUGCUAGCGACACUCGGGUACAAGCAGGAAUUGCGACGCCAUUAUUCGACGAUUCAGAUUUUCGCUGUCGCUUUCAGUAUUAUGGGGCUUUUGCCUUCCAUUGCGUCUACGUUGGCGUUUUCUAUGCCCGCUGGUCCGGCCGAUAUAGCAUCCGCAAUGCCCACAGCAGGCGGUCUCUACUUCUGGACACAUUACUUCGCAUCUGAGAAAUGGAAGAACCCGCUCAGUUUCCUCGUCGGCUAUAGCAAUACCAUCGGCUUGAUCGGAGGUAUAUGCUCUAUUGACUAUGGUUUCGCCAGCAUGCUCCUCUCCGUAAUCUCGCUCGCCCGCGACGGAAACUGGUCCGCAUCAAGACCAGUCAUCUACGGCACAUACGCAGCAACAGUCUUCGCACACGGCUUCAUCGCCAUCUUCUUCGCCCGGAUGAUGCCAAGAAUCCAAUCCGCCUGUAUCUUCCUCAACAUCGCUCUCGUGGUCGCAACCGUCAUCGCCCUACCUAUCGGCAAAGCAAACAACAGCCCACCAGUCAACUCAGGCUCGUAUGUCUUCGGUGAAAUCCAGAACCUCACGACCUGGCCUACCGGCUGGGCAUUUAUCAUGGCGUGGCUGUCACCUAUCUGGACUAUUGGCGCCUUCGAUUCUUGCGUGCAUAUGAGUGAGGAGGCGACACAUGCUGCGCGCGCUGUCCCGCUGGGGAUUAUCUCUUCGGCUGGAUUGUGUGGUCUUCUUGGGUUUGUUUCGUUGGCGGUCAUAGCGUCUUCGAUGGAUAAGAAUAUCGAGGGGAUUUUGAACUCGAAGUUUGGUCAGCCUAUGACUCAGAUCUACUACGACGCCCUCGGCAAAAAUGGAGCCAUGGGAUUCAUGGUCGUGGUGAUGCUCGUUCAAUUCUUCAUGGGACUGAGUAUCGUCCUAGCUGCCUCCCGCCAAAGUUGGGCCUUCUCCCGCGAUGGCGCCCUCCCCUUUUCCUCCUUCUUCCGUAAAGUAAGCCAGCGCAAAUACAUGCGCUACCAGCCAGUCCGCAUGGUGUGCGGCAUCGUUGCGGCAUCGGUAUUGAUCGGCCUCCUCUGUCUGAUUGACGAAGCCGCUGCCAGCGCCCUCUUCUCGCUUGCCGUAGCCGGAAAUGACCUCGCCUGGCUAACUCCCAUCCUGGCGCGUUUGCUCUGGGGCGGUGACAGCUUUAUCCCCGGUGAGUUCUAUACCGGGAAGUAUCUCAGUAAGCCUAUUGGGUGGGUUGCGGUCAUCUACAUGAUGUUCGUUAUUGUUCUUACUAUGAUUCCUACCGAGGGACCGAAUCCGACGCCUCAAACGAUGAAUUAUACAGUUGUUAUUAAUGGGAGUCUUUGGCUUGGAGCGGUGGUUUAUUACUAUAUCCAUGCGAGAAAGACGUAUAGGGGACCUCAGACUACUGUUAGUCCCGAGGAUGAGGGGAAGAAUUUGGAGCAGGAUUCUAAAUAG